AUGCCUCUAGAGAUUGUGUUUUUACCUGCACAGUGGUUCCAAGCAAGAACGUCUUUCCCCAAUUUGACAAAACUACUCAACAAGGGGUAUGACAAGCCACGGUUGAAAUAUGAUAUCAUCCAAACGCCGAGAAUUCAAAGUGACGAUUCAUUGCUUGAAAAUUUGGCAGUAAAGUCAGACGAUGAAAUAGGAGUGUUUUUGCUACUAGGGGGAGAAGAAGAGUUCAAGUCACUCAAGGAACAAGGCUUCGAAAGAGAUUUUAAUGAUACUUUGCUUCAAAACGCUUUCGAUUGUGACAUCCCAGCGGAGUUUGCCUCAUAUUUUGACCUUGCAAAAUUGACAAAAGCACCAGUUACGAUCGCUGAUGCAAGCUAUGAACUAAGUGAUCAGAUUAGGAAUAGAGUCCUCGCUAGUCUUGGCUUUAGGUCGUACUACAAGAAAUCCGCGCCAACAACCAAACCAUUCAUUUUAACAGCUUACACAUCAUUCAUCAAAAAUGCCGCUUCACUACUUCUUGAGUUUGUAUUGAAUGAAUUGCUUCAAGAUCCAACAUAUUUCAAUAUGUUGUCCAAUACUGGGGAUAUCAGUAAAUAUGAUCGAUUGUCCAUCCAUGCUGACUGUAUAGUAGAGCACGGAUUGGUUGGUUACUACACUACAAAGUGUCGAUUUGAAACUAUUGGCGACAAAGUCCAUGUUCAAGUUGGUGCUCCGAUUGGUGGAGACGCAUCAUCAGCGAGCUACAAGGCUAUUGAAGCAUCUCGCGAUUUUCAUAUAGCUUAUAUACGUAGAGAGGUAAACCUUAGAUGA